ACCAUCAGCGGCGAGUGGGGGCCCGUUGGUAUGAUGGUCCGCAUGCUGUGCCUGGGGUUCUCUAAGCGAAUCUGGGAUUUCGAGGGUGCUUCGAGGUUGGAUGAUAUCGCGUGGCAAAGCUUUGUCAAAUCUUGUUUCCGGAGAAUCGGCGGUAAAGUGCAUCGGGACAGGCGAUUCCCAAGUUGUAUCUUCGACUCUUGCAUUCAAAUCAAGAGACUCCGGGAAAGCGGAAGCGGCGGUAAUCGAUUGAAGAGAGUUCAUGCAGCUAGCGAGGACGACGACGACUAGAGGAUGGGAAUGCAUGGUUACUCGAGUGCAAUUUGUUGCUCUGAGCGGAGUGCCAGUGUAUAUGUAUAAUAAUUGAUACAGUGGACGAGUCUUG